GAAGAGUACCAAGGAGAGAAGAACGUGUUGGAACAACAAGAGACUUAUUGGUUAGAGCAGAGGAAGACAUUGCUAAAUGUUUUAGUGACUCAGCCAGGGUUAAGGGUGUCGAGAUUGUAAAGUGGAGUGACGCAUUACGUGCACUGACCACUCAACCAAAUUAUUGUCGUACACCAAAUCGUCUCAUUAAAUGGUCUGAAUUUGAGAACGUUAUUCGCGAUCAUAAACUUUCCACCAUAUCCGAACAUGAUCCACCAACAUUUCAUACAGAUCUGGAGAGUGUCAGUGAAGCUGAUGUACAGGCAACAUUCAAUCAGAAUGUGCUGGCACCUCUGUCUAGAAUAAUUGGAUUAAAACUCAACAAGCCCGCGAAGUUUGCUCGGUUUGAGAUUCUAUCAGGAAAGAUCGAAGGCCAACCAGAUUUUGUCUUUCAUGAGCUUGAAGAUGCAACUUUACUCUUUCCUAUUGAGGUGAAAAUAGAAUGGGUUUUGAAUUGUGAUGAUAUUAUCAAGCAAUAUAAUAAUGAUAUUAAGAGGAAAAAAGGCGGAAAGAACUCUCGCACUAAUACAGAACAAAAAAUAGAUUCUUCAGUAGAUUGUUUACAUCAGAUUUAUGGAUACAUGUCAUUGAAUUAUCGUAAGUUUGGUGUUCUUACAACAUAUAACCGAACUUGGUUCUUUAAGAAGAAUGUUAAAGAACGGGGUACACUGUAUGUAUCACCCUGUAUCAAGGCUGAAUACCGAGAUCCAUCAUUGUUUCACUGUUUCUCUUAUAUUAUGUCAGAAGCAGUUCAAGACCCCAACUGCCCUGAUACUGAUUCUUCUGCAUCUCUCAAUCAGUCUGGUCCCGCUGCUGGAACUCGAGGUAACCGUCGCUGCCAAACUGACAACUAUGGUGGUUCCUUUACUGGACCCUCUAACAGUAUUUCUUCUCCUGGUGGUUCUAAAUUCAGUUGCCGUGGAGGAAAACAUAAAAGUCAGUCAGCAAGAGAUAUUGAAGUGCAAGACUUGAAUUAUUUUGACUUUCAUAAAAAAGAUGUUCUUGGGUUUGGGCAUAGUGGAAUUGUGCGAAAGGUUGAGUGGUGUGGGGAGGAGAUUGCUCUCAAGAUUUCUGAUAUAUCACAACAUCCAGAGUUUAAGAAAGAAUUACUCAAUGAGGUGGCGACUUACAAUACUUUAAAAGAGUUACAAGGGAAAUACAUCCCAAUACUUAAAGCAGCUGGAUACCUAUGGGAUCAUAUGCUUUUUGGUAUUGCAACAGAGAUUGUAAGCAAUGCAAUAGAAGUAGAGUUGUUGGAAUAUGCAGAACGAUUGGAGAUUACAAGAGCUCUCUCAGCAAUCCAUCAUUAUGGUAUAUUACACAAUGACAUUCGUGAGGAGAAUAUCCUUAUUCAACAUGGAAGUGAUAGGUUCAGAGUUUCUUUCAUUGAUUUUGCCUUUUCAGAGAAAACCAGUGACAAGAAGAGGCUUUCACAAGAAAUGGCUACACUGAAAGAUCUACUUAAUCUUCCAGCUUCUAUAAAUUUACCCUAUAAGGCUACAAAGAUACAAAGAGAAAGAGGUGCGAUUAGAACAAAGAGAAAAGGAGUCAGAGAACAUGAAGGAAUACUCUGUAAGAGUCUUCGUGGAAACCAGAAGAUUAAUGACUUGCAAAGAGUUGUAGAAUUAGAAAUCAAGCAUAAAGAGUUAGAAACUAAGCAAAAGAAAUUGGAAUUCAGAGUAGAAGAAUUGGAAGAUAAAGUGGAAAUGAAGCGAGAAGAAGCUGAAAAGGCCUUAGAAAACUAUGUAGCAUAUAAACAACUUCAAGAAUUACCAGUCUUACCAAAAAAAACUAAUAAGUUUAAACUGUUAGGUGCAAGUAACAUGAAAUUAGAAUAUCAGAUCAGUCAGUUGGGAAGAGGGGACAGUUGGCACUAUAAUUUCUGUUCUUUUGAGAGCAAUAAAAACUCAAUUACUACUUAUGAAAUGGUAGCCUACAAUACCAAAACUAGUGGCUAUAAUGAUAUUGUCUAUAUUUGUAUUGAAUGGUAA